AUGUGCAAUUCAGCACCAUUUCUCAAUCUCAAACACCCCACGGAACAUUUUGUGAUACCUGAUGGGCUGGUAGUUGACAAGGCAAUUGUGAGGCGUGCUGGUAAAUCAUGGAAGAAUCAUAGGUAUAUAUUGAAGAAGCGGUACUUUGAUCCAGUGAAUAAAACUCUAGAUCAAAAUUAUGAUAGUAUUCCUGAUGGAGUAUCUAGUAGCAGUUGGAAUGAUUUGGUCGAUUAUUGGUUUUCACUAAAGGGCACGAAAUUAUCUCAACUUGGAAAAGAUGCUCGAGCAGUACGAGGUCAUAUUCACAACAGUGGUCCUACAAGCUUUGCUAAUCGAAGAGAAGAUCUUAAAGAGAAGAAGGGAGAGUAUAGCGAAUUGACGUUUUACAAAUCAGUUUAUGCAAAAGAAGAUGGAAGCUUUAAAGAGGGCACAAUAUCUCGUCAAUUUAUGGAGGAUGCAAACAAUAAAGUCCAAGAAAACCUUGCGAGUUCCUCUACUUCCAAGUCUAAGGUCGAAAUUGAGAAUGAGGUCUUUAAUGAGCUUAUGUACGGAGGUGAAGUGCUUAAACGUCCUCUAAAUUAUGGCUUUAGAGUGAAGCAAAGUGACAUCUUUGGAGUGGAAGGUUUGUUGAGGAAAGAAGGGUCUAGCUAUCUUGACAAUAGUGAUAUUGAAAUGGAGAACUUAAAAGUUGAAUUAUCAGUUGUAAAGAAGCAAAAUGAAGACCUUGCACAACACAAUCAAGUGCUGGACAACAAGUUUGAUGAAACAACAAAGACAUUUAAGAUGAUUGCUUCGUACUUUGGACAAGUUUUGAAGGAAGUACGUAAAGGAAAUGUGUCAUCGGACCUUUUAGAUGGUGCAGAAUCAGCAAUACUGAUGAAAGGAUAG